UUCACGCGAGGAUGGCUCGGCCGGCCCCGCCGCCGCCGCACAGGCAACAGGUCGCCGGAGCGUCCCGGCCCCGUCCCGGUCCGUCCCGCCGCCCCGGCUCGGCCAUGCCGCUGCGGCUGGCGCUCUGCCUGCUCGCCCUCUGCAGCCCCGCCGCCGCCGCGCACGGUGGGAUCUGCUGGCUGCAGCAGGGGAAGGAGGCCAAGUGCACCAUGAUCCUGAAGACGGGUGUGACGUGGGAGGAAUGCUGUGCCAACGGCAACGUGGACGUGGCUUGGUCUAAUUACACCUACCCAGGCAACAAGAUCAGCCUGCUGGGCUUCCUGGGGCUGGUGACCUGCCACCCCUGCAAAGAGAGCUGCGAGGGGGUGGUGUGCGGCCCCGACAAGGUCUGCAAGAUGAAGCACGGGCGUCCCCAGUGCGCCUGCGCCCCCGACUGCUCCAGCCUGCCCCGCAAGCUGCAGGUCUGCGGCUCCGACGGCUACACCUACCGCGACGAGUGCGACCUGCUGACGGCCAAGUGCAGAGACCACCCCGACCUCGAAGUGAUGUACCAGGGAAAAUGCAAAAAGUCCUGCUCCAGCGUGGUGUGCCCCGGCACCCACACCUGCGUGGUGGACCAGACGGGCAGCGCCCACUGCGUGAUGUGCCGGACGGCGCCCUGCCCCGAGCCCACCAGCCUGGACCAUGCCCUCUGCGGCAACAACAACGUCACCUACCCCUCGGCGUGCCACCUCCGGCGGGCCACCUGCCACCGCGGCCGCUCCAUCGGCGUGCGCCACUACGGCAGCUGCUCGGCUGCGGCCAGAUUCUCCCCGGAGACGGACAACGCGGAGGAGAACUACGUGUGAAUCCUCCCUCGCCGCGAGGCCGGACCCGGGAGACAGGGGCAUUAUGUGUAUAUUGUACAAACCAUAUACCUGAUAUUUAUUAAGAUAAAAAGAUCCUUAUUUAUACCUGUCUAUGUUAUGCAGUCGCAGGGGGCCCGAUUCUCGGUCCUGCCAGCAGGGGAGGGGGCUCCCAGCCCGUGCGGCCAGGGUGAUGCCGAGCCAUCCCAGGGAAUGCCGAGCCACCCCGGGGAUGCUCCGGUGUCCGGCAGAGCUCUCGGCCGCCGGCGCUCGUACAGCGCUGAGGGGGCGUCCGAGCUGCCGCACGUUGGGCCCCCUUUCCCCCCUCAACGUGUCCUUGGCCGGCAGCCCUGGGGCUAUUUAUUUUUGGAUUGAAUUCUCGGUACUCUGCUGACGUUUCUGGCCGGGACCUCGAGGUCUAGAGGGAAUCUGUGCUUUCGCCUUCCCCGGAGGGGCUCAGCCCCAGCUGCCAGCGGCGGGAAAGGCAGCACGGGCUGCGUCAGAUUGGGGACGGAUAGAUAGAUAUUUUUAUAUACAUAUAUAUAAAAAAAAUAAAUAUAUAUAUAUAUGUAUGUUAUUUUUCUCCUAAAGUUUUAGCACGCGUAUGUUAAAACGGAUUUUAGUUUAGGCUUUUCCCGGGCCCCUUCACGGGGGGGAUAUAAGGAUCCUGCCCAUCUUCGGAGGUGACGCCGGUGCCUGACGGCUGGUGCGAUAGCGGCCGGGCAACGCUGCCCACCGCGGGCCAUGGCAGCCCUCCCCGGGGGGGCACGACCGUCCCCCCCCGCUAACCCAGGCCCACCGAGCCCACCGCUGCAGCCGGUGCCCCCACCCGGAACCCACUGCCGGCAGGCAGCCUGCCCGGAGCCCUCCCGGCUUUGGAAGCAGCCGAGGGAGGCGGGGGGGUGGUCCAUGGCCCCCGCAGGCACUCACGGUGCCCAGCUCAGCUCCUGGCCCCCCUGCGGAGCCCCCCCGGGGGCACAGGGCUGGGGUGGCUGCGGGGAGCACGGUGUGGUGGAGGGGGACAGGAGGGGGGCGAUGGCCCUGCCUGUCCCCACCCCGGGGACCCCCACCCCUGGCCCCCCCAUUUCCCCCCCCACUCCGCCCCGGCUCUGUCGACACCCUCUGUAUUUAUUUUUACUACUUCUCUCAUUUUGUGUGUUGUCACCUGUGUAAAUACCAUCUCAUCUCUCACACCGAGAAGCUAUUGCCUUUAUAUAAAUAUCAUAUAU